AUGGCCGGCUUCCACAGGCGUUUCACUGAGCGAGUACUGGACAGUGGGCGGCUGCACCAUCACCCCCUUGGCGCUCGGUACACCGGGAGGCUGUGGGGAGAAGGGGGAGGCAGUAGCCGCGCUCCCCUGGGAGAAGUGCUACCCUCGAAAGCAGACGGGACAGGGCAAGACGAGACGCCAUCAAGGCAGCCCCGAGCACCGCCGAGGACAGGGGAGCGACAGCGUCGCCGCGCGUGCGAGCGAUCGCUAGAAAAAGACCAGCGCGAUCCCGAGUGCGCUACCUCAUUGGCUCUCGUUUCUCUGCCGCCCGCUGAUUGGCGAACAAUUCUACCCACGCGCUCUGUCUUCCUUCCUAUUGGCUUCUGCUUCCCGCUCAACCUCUGGUUGCCAGCUGCUGGGGCGGUACUUGCCGCUCCCUGUUGCGCAGCGCCGUCCCCUCAGGGCAGGGAUGGCGGUGGCGAGCGGGGGUGGCACCUCCCAGGCGGUGAAAAAAAAACCGGCGACACCUCCCUUCUCACCAGCGCCACAACGUGGCCCUUGAAGCGCUACGGCCGCUUCCUACCCCCGACGGACAGCGAUGUUGAAGGGCAAAACACCUCCUCUUGGAAGGUUUUUGAAUCUAAUGAAGAAUCAGGCCAUCUCAUCCUUACCAUUGUUGUAUCUGGCCAUUUCUUUAUUUCCCAAGGGCGAACAGUACUGGAAGGCUUUUCAUUAAUUGAUUCCCACAAGUGGCUAAAGAUAGUAAGAAGAGCAGACUGCCUGCUGCUUCAUGCACAGUCAAAGAAUGAAUGCCGCAUAUUUCGUGUUCAGUUUGGUGGAGAUUCGAAAGAAAAGAUGCUGGAACACUGCUGCAGUUGCAUUCAGAAACUUGCAGGGUACGUACCGGUUCAAGUAACCGAUGAACAAAGCCAGAAGCUGCAUAAUGGUGAAAAACAAGUAAAGGACACUGAACAAAAUGCAUCAUCUCCACAUAUACCAGAUGAGCCUCUACCAGAUUCCCACCUGGGAGAAAGAAGAUCUGUAACACAGCUAGCGCAGUCUGUGCUGAAAAAGCAGUCUGAGCUGCCCCUCGUGCAUCAGCAUUCCACAUGGAGCACGCAGGAGCUGGGGCCCUUCAUUCGCUUAUGCCUGAUGGACCAGAAUUUCCUGGCUUUUGUGGAAGAUGUGGAGAAGGAAUUGAAAAAACUUGCAGAAGGCUGA